UGGGGCGGGCGCGCUCUUACUUUCCUUCGAUAUCCUCGAGCGCCUCUCCUCCCGCCCUCUUGAUCCUCGCUCCAACAACUCCGCCGAAGAAGAAGCGCUCCGCAACGUUUACUCGAAACUGCCAUUCUCCCACCUCCUACAUCCUUCCUUCCCUCGAGCGAACAAAAUGGUUCAAUUUAUCCCGUCGCCAGACCCGCACGCUCUUCUGCCUCCGCUUCUCGCCUGCCUUCCGACUUCCUUUGCUUCUCCGCGGCCGCCACCAGCCCUGCUCCCUCUCCUGUCGCCCAUUCUUCGCCAGAGAGUAAGCCUGCUGGCCACCUCUGGCACGGACUCAUGGCUACCGCUCCUCAACUGGGACCACCAGCGUGCCAGCAAACUCCCCAAGAUUGUCGAGGACAUCACCAUUGAGCCGCACCCCUCGUCUGGCGAGAUCGAGAUCGAUGGCGAAGUAGGGAUCAAAUACCGGAGACGGGACGAGGAGACGCUGGAGGCUCGACUCGAGGUUGAGGAAUUCAGACUGCUCCCCAUAUACCUGUGGAGCACGACGGACGAAGGUGCUGCGUGGCGGCUUACGGAGCUGCGCGCCCUCGAGGACCUCAAGGACGGCACGGAGUGGUUCCCCAGCAUGGACGAAGCUAACGAGGCCUCAAAGGCGACGUACAUUGUGGACGCUCUCCGCGCCAACGAGCUGCCCGCCCAAAAGCACAUUCCAGGGUACAAGCCACAAGACCUGCACCUGGACGACGAAGACGGCGACGACGACUACUGGAACGCAUACGACCGGACGCCGGGCAGGACGCCGGCAAGGACACCGGCAAAGCAGUCGCCGGCGCCGCGGCCGGGCUCCUCCAGCGUGCAGCCGCCGUCGGCGUCGGAGCUCGAGUACUUUGCGCGCUACGCGGCCGAGGUGCAGCCCGCGCUGGACGCGCACGACCCGGACGAAGAGAGCCCUGAGACCGGCGCGUCGACGCUGAACGGCGACGCGCUAACGCAGCAGCUGCAGACGGAGCCCGCGGCCGCCAACAUCGGGCCCGCCGGCUACGACUCCUCGCUGCCGCCCGUGCUCGCCAACGGCGGCGCUGCUGCUCCCGAAGCCGCCGCUGCCGCUGCCGCUGAGGAGCAGCUCAGCCACCCCCGUCCCGAAUCUGCCGCCUCGCUGUCCAGCUCCGUCGAGCGCAUGGAGCAGGAGGCCGCGCGCCAGACGCAGGCCGAGACGGGCAUCAAGCAGCACAUUUCGACCGACAUCAAGAGCCUGUUCCGGCUCGCUCGGACCGUGGGCAUCCAGCGCGACGAGUUCGAGCGCAUCGUCAAGACGGAGCUGGAGAUGCUCAGCAUGUUCGAAGCUGACGACUAAACGACUCGUGACGACUUUAUUGGUAUGUAGCAAGCAGCAAAUUGCGUCGACCAUGGCUUGGGCUUUUCUUCCAUCUUUUUCUCGGCAUUGCGCGCACAGGAGUUUGUUACGGUGGCACGGCAUACUUGCGAGCGGCGUUGUGUAUCUUUUUGUUUUUUU